ACUGCGGUGCGAGCGGUUCAAGCCUACACAACCGACAAAACAGCUGUGAGAACUCGUCCCGAGUGGAUUCGCACGACCAACCCAGCACGACGAACCUGUGCGCGCAGCUAUGCGGAGGAUGUUGUUCGGCAUGGCGGUGCGUGGCCCACAUACCGCACAAUGGGCGUAAAGUGCCAAACAAACCCCGGCGUUAAAUAAGUUCCGCCCGUCCCCUUCGCCGUCCUCAACGCUCCCCCGCUGGGCUCGAUCGCCUUUCACUGUCGCCAUGGCGAUGAGCGUGGGCAAGCUGAUAGCGUGCGUGCUGGUCAUGUGGCUGCUGGUCGUGCUGAUGAUCAGCGGGCCGCUGUUCCACAGCGGGGAGCCCGACGAACAGGUGCUGGCGAGGCUGACGCGGGCAGUUGCCGAGCUCGAGUCGCUCAAGCAGCAGAACGAGGAGCUGCGUGCCCUCCUCAAUUCCAUCAAGGACCCAUCCAAAAGAGAGCAGCAGGUUCAGGAGCCAGCAGUAGUGAUUCCUCCCAUCCAAACAGCCACAACAUCGCCUAGUGGCGUACCGUCCAAGGAGUAUGAAGUGCUGCGGCGGAAGGUCAUUAAUGGCGUCCAGGAGUUGUGGUACUAUGCCCGGGCGCAGCUCAAGAAACUCCGCAAGUCCCUGGGGCCCGAAGCACAGAAGACGGUGGAUGCCAUAGUGGAGGACAUCUCCGUCUAUAAACGCACGAUCCACAUCGACCUCGACGAAAUGCGGAAAGCAGACGGGUACGAGAAGUGGCGCGAGCAGGAGUCUAAAACGGUCGGGGACCUCGUGCAGAAGCGACUUACCAAGUUGCAGAACCCCAAGGCGUGCGGCAGCGCCAAGCGCCUGCUGUGCCGCCUGAACAAGGGGUGCGGCUACGGGUGCCAGAUCCACCACGCCACCUACUGCCUCAUCAUGGCGUACGGCACCCGACGCACCAUGGUGCUCCACUCCAAGGGGUGGCGCUAUGCCGCCGGUGGCUGGGAGACGGUCUUCAAGCCAGUCAGCAACAGCUGCGUCGAGGAGACCGGGGGGACCAGGGCCACUUGGUCGGGUCAUGACGAUGGUGCGGAUGUCCUCGAAGUUCCGAUCAUCGACAGCAUCCAGCCAAGGCCCAAGUACCUCCCGCUGGCGGUGCCCAAGGACCUUUCCGAGCGACUCAUCCGCCUAGUGGGAGACCCGGCCCUCUGGUGGAUCUCUCAGGCGAUCCGCUUCCUCAUGCGGCCCCAGCCCGAGAUCCAGCAGUACCUGGCCAAGGCUGAGAAGGAUAUGGACUUCAAGCGACCUGUGGUUGGGGUGCACGUGAGGCGGACGGACAAGAUUGGGACGGAGGCCGACUUCCACAGCAUUGAAGAGUACAUGGAGUUUGUGGACGACUACUUCGCCAAGCUCGAGCUGCAGACGCCCGGUGUAAAGCGACGUGUCUACCUCGCCACCGACGACCCGAAGCUCCUGGGAGAGGCAAGGCAAAAGUACCCGCACUACCAGUUCUACGGAGACAGCCAGGUGGCCAAGACGGCGUCCCUGGGCAACCGGUACACCUCAGAGUCCUUGAGGGGCAUCAUCCUGGACAUCCAUAUGCUCUCCAAGUGCGACUUCCUUUCCUGCACCUUCUCCUCCCAGGUGUGCCGCAUGGCGUACGAGAUCAUGCAGCUGUCGCACGUUGACGCGUCCAAGCGGUUCCAGUCGCUGGACGACAUAUACUACUUCGGCGGUCAGAAGGACCACAGCCAGGUGGCGGCGUACGACCACACCGCCCGCGGGGCCUCGGAGAUGGACAUCCGCAAGGGCGACAUCCUCGGCAUCGCAGGCAACCACUGGGACGGCUACUCCAAGGGGGUGAACCGCCGCACCGGGAAGCAGGGCCUCUACCCGUCGUUCAAGGCCGUCGAGAAGGUAGAUGUCGUCGACUUUCCUCCCUACGAAGACGACGACAACGGCCACCGCAACGAAGUGAAGUGAACGCGUAGGCACGGUGCCCAAAACGCGUCUCCAACCGCUGCAUUUACUGCGUCCCAAAACGUGGUCCCUGGAUUUCCGCCCCACGACGUCGUACGGGCCCAUUCACAUGCGUGCCACGGUGCUACCUCCGCGCCACUGGGGGAUUUUAGUAGAUCAUUCCGGCACCUCCGGCGACGCCGCCCGAUAACGAUGCAGUGCAUGUGCAAAGGCGUUGCCAAAGUUUCGGGUAUCGUCAGCAUUGCCGGAACAAUCUUUUAAAACCCUUUAUUACGCUUCGUUCGACUGGCCGCAACAUACCAAGAACCGUCGAAGCCAAGCUAGGCCAAGCCAAGCCAAGGCCUCACAAGGUGUGGCGCGGCGACGCGCGGGAGGUGCAUCGCACACCAUGUUCGCGGAGCCGGAUUAGUCGGGUAGGCCCGGGGCGUCCACCACAGCCUGACGUAAGGUAAAACAGCACAGUCGUUCGAAAUAGCGUUGACCUUGACGGUGCAGUGCCGACUUUGCGCCAUGUUGGUGAUUCGGUGCCGUCCGGCGCAAUUAGUUGCUACUCCGGGUCCACUUUCGACGAGUCUUUCAAAGACACGUCCUGGGCACAGUAGCGACGGGGACCACGACGCAUAAUGCAGUGAGGACACCUUACUCUACAACGGGACGUUUAGGAGGACGUGCGCAGGUUUCGAGUUGGGACGAUUCCAUCGCCAACGAGCCAAGAACCGCAUUUAACGCAUUCGUAAGUGCAUCAAAGAAUGAUACGUGUUUUUGAUGGGGAUGGACAAUGAAAAUUGUGUGCCCGGUGCUUGCAGAAAGGGGGGGGGGGUGCAAACUGCAAAAAACUGGUAUUGUCGCACUUUCGUCGACCGAAGGAACUAACGGUCGAGUUUAUUUGCAGUUGCUGCUUUUUAGGUGCCCCAUUGUUUACAUUUUUAAAUUUGCUUCGUAUUGGUUGUUGGGUUUUUAUGAGCUAAUGUAUAAGGACGUUUGUUGUUUUAAUGAAUCUAAGUGCUCUUAAAGUUUGUUUAAUUUUUUUUUCUCUAAAAUCCAUUUUUUUGUUGGUGUGCGAAUGUUUUUUAUGUACCACGUUUAGAUGUAAAUGCGUUUCUUUGUUUUACUUGACGCACUGGGCAUUGGGGCCAGAGGUAAGCUCGCGGCGUUCUUUCUCUUUUGGAAAACGCGUCCGCUGCAUUGCGACCUUGUUGUUGUUUAAAAUGCAGAGGAAUAAACCCAGUUUUAAAAAGGUG